UUGUCUGUAUCUCUCUGGCCAAAUUUGCACUAAAAUUUGUUUUUAAUUACUUUUUUGCAGCCAAUCUGCUACUUCUUUGGAAUUGAUGUGAAUUCUUUGAAUGUUUAGACGACAAACAUGCUUUAUAAUAGAUUGGUAGGCAAACACUCGCAUCACUAUGUACUGGUAUAUAUAUAUAUAUUAUAUUCCGGAUGUAACAUUAAUUCGGAUAUUGAAAUAAUCGCCUUUAAUUAGUGUCAAAGUCGAUUUAGGCAAUGAUAAAUGAUAGUAGUAAAAGUUUCAUAUUUAAGGAAGUAGCUCUCAUAAAUCUGUGUGUCUAAGACUUCUGAAUGCAAAUAUUUUUAGGAAAUCAGUGAGGGAUAAAGUAAACCUGGGAGGAAAAGUGCACCCGGUGUGGGGCUCAAACCCACGACCACCGGAACACUAAUUAUAACCUUGACCAAGACAGAGAUUGUGAUUUAGUCACGGAGACUUCAUUGCAAGAUGUACAUGUACAUGUAUGGAGUGACACGAAGAGGCUCCAAUUUACAGAUGUGGGUAGUGGUCAAAAUUAGCACAAGCCCGCAAGCCCUUCACUGGUAAAAUGCUUUCCAGGCAUACUCAAGUUCUGGAUUUUAUAUAGCAGGGCUUGUUAAAAUGUUGAUGCCAAGCACAAGUGUCUGAAUUCCGUCUUGUUCACCCAAAGUCUAAUUUGGAUUAUUGUGUGAGGCAUGUGAUUUGGCUUUUUGCACAUGGCUGUUGAAGCAUCAUUUUAUACAUGUGUAAUGAUAUAAAGAAGUUCAUUUCAUGGAAGGUCAAGAGAAUGGUUUAUCCGUGCAUCUGUAGAGUUUUGUGGUUGAAAUAUAUUUAAUAGAAUGGAAACUCGUGAAUAUCAGUAUCCAAGUAUGAGCUCUGCAAAGAAGGCAUUCAAGUGUAGAAAAUGUGGCGCUAACUUUUCCCUAAAAGGUGUUCUACAAGUCCAUAGGCGAAUUCACACGGGAGAGAAGCCAUAUAAGUGUGAGUCUUGUGGUGUUGCCUUUUCGCAAAAAGGUACUUUACAAACACAUGUGCGAAUUCAUACAGGAGAGAAGCCAUUUAAGUGUGGGAUAUGUUAUGCUGUCUUCUCACAAAAGGGUAACUUUAAUACUCACAUGCGUUUACACAAUAAAGAGAAACCAUUUACAUUUAAGACAAGCAGUGCCAUAAUGCCUCAUAAGGAUUCUUUGGGGAGUCCAUAUAGGAGUAACUUAACAGGCAAGACAGUUAAUUGGCAGAUACGUGUUGCUUCUUCUAUAUGUUCAACUAAACCAUAUAAAUGUGAGAAAUGCGGUGCUGUCUUUUCACAAAAAAGUUCUCUACAAACACACAUGAAAAUGCACACAGAAGGGAAACCGUACAGUUGCCCAUUCUGUGACGCUGCAUUUGCGCGUAAAUAUGCAUUACAAGACCACAUGCGAAUUCACACGGGAGAGAAGCCAUUCAAGUGCCCCUUUUGUGACGCAGCUUAUCCACGAAAAGGUGCCUUACAAGACCAUGUAAGAAUACACACCGGAGAGAACAAGUGUACAGAAUGUGGUGCUGCAUUUGCUCACAAAAAUUCCCUACAGAACCACAUGAAAAUUCAUACAGGAGGUGUUGUUAAACCACACAAAUGUGAGGUUUGUGGUGUGGCCUUUUCACAUAAAGGUCAUUUACAUAGUCACAUGCGCAGCCACACUGGAGAGAAACCAUACAAAUGCGAAAUUUGUGGAGCUGCAUUUCCAUAUAGUUAUAGUUUAAAGACCCACUUGCAGAUUCACACAGGAGACAAACCAUACAAAUGUGAAACUUGUGGAGCUGCUUUUACGCAAAGUAGUGCUUUAAAAGAUCAUAAACGAACACACACGGGUGAAAAACCAUAUAAGUGUGAGACAUGUAGUGCUACCUUUUCACGGAAUAGCAAUUUGAAGCGGCACGCUGUUAGUCAUACUGGUGAACAACCAUUUAUAUGUGAACUAUGUGGCUUUGGCUAUAUGCGUAAAUAUAGUUUAGCAAAACAUAUGAAAGCACACCCAGAAAGGAAACCUGAAAAAAUGUGAUAUGUACAUACAUAUAUAGAUGAUAAUUGUUUGUUCCAGGGAAAGAUUGCAAUGUAUUUCACCAAGUGACGAAGAAAGGCUAUAUUUCACUAUCCAAGAUCAAAACAUUUUAGUUUUCACAAGGUGAAACUUAUUUUUAUCUUAGUUACUUUGAAAUCUUAUGUUUUUAUUUUUGUGAAAUGCCUAAAAAGGAUAUAAAACAACAAUUAUUUAUAGUUUUUUUGCGAAAAAACAACUAAAAUUAUUGGGUUUUUUAAAACGACUUGCUUUCACUAUUUUAAUGAAAUUUCUAUUGACAAUGAUGUCACUGUUAAAUUCGGUCAAAAACGGUGUAAGCUGGGGCUAAUUUUAAUUUACCUCCUUUUCCAAAGGAAUGAGUUUAUAUAUAUAUAUUAUUAUAAUGAUAUAAUUAAUAGAGUUAUGCCAGGACCAUUUAAACUUAUAUGUAAGUUUGUAUACACAAUGUACCUACUUCACAUGUAUACUGUUAGCGCAUUUAUCGGGGCAUUUGCUAGUACAAGCAUUGGAUUAAUUUACAUGUAUAUAUAUAUAUAUAUAUAUAUAUAUACAUGUAGUACACUUGAUUAGGGCUAUUCCAGUAAAACAUAUAACCUCCGGGGGGGAGGCAAUUAUUUAAAUAGUAUAUGGUUGGGUGCCUUUUUUCCCUAAUUUAAGUGUAAAUUUGCUUCUGUAGGGGGUUGGCAUUAUUUAAAAGUGCCUUCCCCCCGGGGGAUAUAUGUUUAAAUGGAAUAGCCCUAAACUUAUUUGUUAUUUUCUUUACAAUAUCUUUAAGCGUUUAUCUUUUUGAAAAUACCAUGCAGUAUAUGUAUAUCUUUUUUAUUCUCUCAACUUAGUGAAUUGUAAUUACUUGUUAUAUUUGUUAUUGUUUUUAUCAAGAUAAAAAGAUUUUGCAUAA